AUGGCUUCCCCAUCCCACCAGCCCCAAACCAACGAGCAAUAUUGGCAAGCCUUCACGACCGCCGGCCCCAAAGUCUCCUACGGCAUUCCCUUCCCAGAAGGCUGCGCGAAACACGUGACAGAGACCUGCAAUGCAAAACGAGUCUAUAUCAUCGCCUCAGCCUCUUUGGCCAGGAACACGAACCAUGUCCAACGACUCCAAUCAGCACUGGGCGACAAAGUCGUGGGCAUUCGGAAGGGCAUCAAACCGCAUACGCCUUGGUCCGAGAUUCUGGAGAUAACCGCUGAGGCGAAAGGGUUAGAAGCCGAUCUGCUCAUCACCCUGGGAGCUGGAAGUCUGACGGAUGGAGCGAAGAUCGUCGCCACCGCCAUCGCAAACAACGCCCGCACCUUCCAAGACCUAGACAAUCUCCACUCCGGCUCAGACUGGUCCCGCAGGCGUCCCGACCUCAUCCGCCCAACUAUCCCCAUCAUCAGUAUCCCCACCUCCUUAUCCGGAGGCGAGUACUCGGACCUCGGCGGCGGAACCCACGACACCACGCACCAAAAACACGGGCUCGGUCAUCCUACCGUUGGACCGAAACUCGUGGUGUUGGAUCCGGAAUUGACGACUACGACGCCGGAGAAAGUCUGGUUGAGUUCGGGGUUUAGGGCGGUGGAUCAUUGUGUUGAGAGUUUAUGUAGUCUUUCCGCCUCUAAUUCGAAGGAGAGCGCGGCGAGUGCGGAGACAGGACUUCGACUGCUCAUCCCGGGACUCUUAAAAACGAAAGCCGAGCCCAAGGACCUCGAAGCGAGGUUGGCGUGUCAAAAGGGAGUAAUUGAGGCCAUGAAAGGCGUCUUCUUCCACGGCGUCCCGAUGGGUGCAUCGCAUGGAAUCGGUCACCAGCUCGGUCCCCUUGGGGUCGGGCAUGGGGAGACGAGUUGUAUCCUCUCACCCGCCGUCUGCAAAUACAACACCUCCGCCAACGCCGCGCAGCAGAAGAAGGUAUGCGAGAUCCUGUGGUCUGAACCUUCCGUCGCAGAACUUUUCGAGAAGGUCGGUCUGGGUAAGGCCGCCGAGCUAGGGGAUUUACUCGGUGCUGUUGUCAAGGCGUUGGGAAUGCCUUCGACGUUAAAGGAGGUCGGGGUAGGAGAGGAGAAGUUCGAUCAGCUCGCCACGAACGCCUUGACGGAUCAUUGGGUCCUUACGAAUCCGAGACCGAUAACGACGAAGGAGCAGGUGAGGGAGGUGCUGGAGAUGGUGCGGGGUGGAGAACCUGAAGUGGGCAGAUAG